AUGACUGAUCAAACACCUUCACUGUGGAGCUUCGGAACAACAAAAACAUUUCAAAUUCCCAUUGAACAUCUGGAUUUCAAAUUUGUUGAAAACUGUUCAGAUGUUAAGCAUUUGGAAAAGAUUCUUAUUGUACUCAGGUCUUGUGAGGAAGGAUUUUACCCCGAACUUAUAGAAUGUUGUGAAAAACGCAUUGAAAGCCUAUGUCCCAAAAGUAGAGUCUUGCGAAAAGAGAAACCUGCAGCAACAGCAUCUAGUUUUACACAAGAAGAAUGGGAAAAAAUCGAUGGUGAUAUAAAGAGUUGGGUAUCGGAAAUAAAAAAGGAAGACUCUAAGAUGCAUUUUCACGAAAUUGACACAUUUCAGGAAUUUGAAGGCCACCUACCUCCAGUUCGUGGUACAAAUGACCAUCUUAAUACUGGCAAGGAGAAAGAUAAUAAAUCUAAAUCCUCUCAGAAGAAGAAUGUACCAAGAGAUUAUGCAGAGUGGGAUAAAUUUGAUGUGGAAAAAGAAUGUUCAAAGAUCGAUGAAGAUUAUAAAGAAAAUACUACAGCAAAUAUCAGAUCACAUUCACUUAAAAUUGAGAAGAAUAUUGGUACAGUAGGUCUCAGUGACAAAGAAAAAGACUUCUUAGCUACUCGGGAAAAAGAAAAAGGUAACGAAGCUUUCAGUUCAGGUGACUACGAGGAGGCUGUAAUGUAUUAUACUAGGAGCAUAUCGGUAUCGCCCACGGUGGCUGCAUAUAACAACAGAGCUCAAGCAGAAAUCAAACUAAAGAACUGGAAUAAUGCUCUUCAGGAUUGUGAAAAAGUGUUAGAGUUGGAACCUGAAAACUUAAAGGCUUUUAUGCGACGUGCUACUGCAUAUAAACAUCAAAACAAGUAUCAUGAAGCAAUAGAGGAUUUGAAGAAAGUGCUAAAUGUUGAACCAGACAAUGUUAUAGCAAAGAAAAUCUUGUCGGAAGUUGAAAAAGACCUGAACAAGUCUCAGCCUGAAUCUGCUCCCAAAACCAAGGGGAAGAGAAUGGUUAUUCAGGAAAUAGAGGAUUCAGAGGAUGAAGAUAGAAAAAGAAGUGGAGAACAUGAACAUGGCAAUGGAGGUGAGAAAACCGAUGUGCCCGUGGGAGGAGAGCAGAGAAGUGACCAGACUGAAAUGGGAAAUGUGCAGAAUAAGUUUACUGGCAAAGGCAAUAGGAAAAAGUCACGAGGAAAGGAGGCCCAGAAGUGCGGAGAGCGCACCUUGACUGGAGGCACCUCCGAGGGGCAGAACGUCAAGCCUUCACCCGAGCCCAGAGGCGAAGUCAAUGGCCAUCUCGGGAGAGACGGAACUGCGGGUGGGAGCCGUGGAGCCAAGGAGGUCUCCAGACCUGAACGGGCUCCCUCUCCUCGGCCCCUUCCCCCCGCCACUGCCGCAGACCUGAAAAACGAAGGAAAUGAGCUGUUCAAGAACGGGCAGUUUGGGGAGGCACUGCUUAAAUACUCACAGGCAGUGGAAAAAGUCCAGGGUUCAGGAAGUGAAAAUGCCGAUGAACUAAGUGUCUUAUACUCCAAUAGAGCAGCAUGUUACCUCAAGGAAGGCAAUUGCAGCCGCUGCGUUGAAGAUUGUAACAGGGCCCUGGAACUUCAUCCAUUUUCUAUAAAACCUCUCUUGAGACGAGCUGUAGCAUAUGAAACCAUGGAACAGUAUCGAAAAGCAUAUGUAGAUUAUAAAACAGUAUUGCAGAUAGACAACAGAAUACAGGCAGCAAAUGACAGCAUUAACAGAAUAACAAGAACUUUAAUAGAUCAAGAUGGCCCAACAUGGAGGGAAAAACUAUCACCAAUUCCAGCUGUUCCCUUUUCAGUUCAGUUACAUAGAUUAGAUGGAGGAAGUCCUGCAGUGCAGACGACGCAAAAUGGAACUACUGAGUCUGGACACCAUCAAAAAUCAGGUGAAAAACGUGAAGAGAUGUUUGCAGCUCUUAAGGAAGAAGGAAAUGAAUUUGUAAAGAAAGGGAAAUAUAAAGAAGCUCUUGACAAAUACAGUGAAUGUUUGGAAAUAAAUCCUGAUGAAUGUGUCAUAUACACAAACAGGGCUCUUUGUUACUUGAAGUUAUGCCAAUUUGAAGAGGCAAAACAGGACUGUGAUCGAGCUCUUGAGAUAGAAGAGGCUAAUGUUAAAGCUUUCUAUAGGAGAGGUCUUGCUCACAAAGGACUAAAGAAUUACCAGGAAAGUUUUAAUGAUCUCAACAAAGUACUCUUAAUAGACCCAAAUGUUUCUGAAGCAAAGAAAGAGCUGGAAGAGAUAACCAUAGUUCUUAAUAACAAGGAUGACAUAUCACUACACAGUCAAGAAAAAGAAAGAAGGAAAAUAAAAAUUGAAGAGGUGAUGGAGAGCAGUGAGGAACAGCCUGAAGGUGAUUCUCCAGAGAAUGUCUUGGUUACCUGCCAUGAUUUGGAGAAAGGACCAGCAAGCAGCAGGGCUCCAGCAAUGGGCUUGGAAAAACUCCACAUCUCAAAACCUACCAAUGCCUAUGAAUUUGGGCAGAUUCUAAAUGCCAUAAACAUGAGGAAGGAUGAAGAAGCCUGUGCAAAGCUCUUGGCCAUCACAGACCCAGAAGAUUUGCCAGCAUUGCUGAGUAACAAGCUGGAAGGAGACACUUUUCUCCUCCUCAUCCAGUCUCUAAAGAAUCACCUUCUUGACCAUGAUCCCGAAUUGGUCUAUCAGCAUCUUUUACAUCUAAGUAAAGCAGAAAGAUUUGUGAUGAUGUUGACACUGCUUAGCAGAGUACAAAAAGAACAGACCGAACAGCUGUUGGAGGCCCUUUCAGACAAAUCAAACCAUGCGUUUACUUCAGAGGACAUACAGAACUUGAAAAAACAUUAUGAGCUUUAAGCCAAGAUUAUUUUUUUUUUAAUUUCUCCAUCCAUGAAUGGGUCCUGGGAAUAGCUGUGGGCUGGGGCUAUAAACUGCCUGGUUGGAUGGAUAAAGUUGGGCUUUGAAAGGCACCCUCUUUGUCUGGACUAUUGAAGAUGUGCGAACGAUUGUGUACGCGCAUUCUACAAUCUGCUGCUCACCUUCUACCUGUAUAUAUUGUCUUCCCUAGAGACUUAACAUCUUUUUAUUUAAUUAGUUGACUUGAUAUUGAUUCAUUUCGAGUGUAUUUAAGUACAUUCACUUUUUAUAGUUUCCAUCUUUCCUUUGGUAAAACUGUUGAGCUAAAUUUGCAUUCUCUUCUACUCUGAAAAUGGGACCUUUUAAAGUAUAAUAGAAAUAAAUUUACUUAGUUGAUUUUUAAAAUUUAAUUCCAUGAAAAUCUGACUACUGUGUCAUGAAAGACACAACACCUAUUUUUAUACUGCUAAUGCAAAGAUGAAAUGGACACAGUUAAAGAAAUACAGGCUAUCCCAAAAGUCUUAGUGCAGCUAAAGUUUUAAUAUGCACUAACACUUUUGGGACAUCUUGUACUUCAUAGUACUUCAUACUAUGUACAUAGUACUUCAGUACUAUGAAGGUAUGUGGUUAUGAAAUAGGUGGCAUAUAUUUGGAUAAAGAUGAAAUGUGAAUUCUAGAUAAUCAGGCUUUUCAGGCUUCUCAAAGAAUUUUACUUACUGUUUCUCAAAGCAAUUAUGGGAAGCAAUAAUCUGCCUUUCUCAAAGGGUCUGCUGUUUACCAUUGCACAGGAUUUUUUUCCCAUUGGGGUUGUUGCACACAGUAAUUUCAACUGUCAUAGUAAUAGUUUCUUAUUUAUAUCUGACAGUAAUCAGUCUUAAUUAAAAUAUGAAUAUUAUGGAGAAGUCCUGUAGUUUUACUUAAGAGAUCUUAAAAAGCAGGGUGCUAUGUGCUUAUGAAAACAGAAACAAAAGAGUCAUUUUGCAAGAACCAUCUGGUCUUACUCUUUUCUUUGAAUUGUCUCAAAUAUUUUGCAUAUUUUUCAAACAGAUUUUACUACUUUUCACUUACAUUCCCCUUUUCUUUUUGUCUAUAAAUCCAACCAUAUUUACUUCCUCUGUGAAAUUGAAAGUAAAGACUUUGGUCUUAUGUACUGAAAGUUUCUCUCAGCUGUGCCCUAGGAUAAGAUACUUGGUACUGCAUUGUAUGUCUUCUGUCCCAUUUCCUCCCCUUUUUUGGUAGUUCUUUUUUCACUUGUCUAACUAGGAUAGAUGGUAAUAAGUAGUGGACUUCAAAAAAGCGAUGUUUCUGUAUUUGUGGGCCAUCCUGGAACCAAUGCAGACUGUAACCCCUCUUCAACUUAGACUGUCUGAUUGGCUGAAAAAUCUAUCUCCUGGUGGCCAGCCUUCAAAUGAUAAACCUCUGUCUCCAAAUGUAGCUUAGCUGGUCCUUAGAAAGUACACAGUGGAACCCCCAUACGUUGCCAUUCUGUAUUGAAGCUGUCCUAGCUUGGUAGAAUGUGCUGGAGACUUCAGUCCUUUGGGAUAAUCCUUGUGAUCCCAAGAUCCCAUUCCACACCAUAGAGAAGGGCUGUCCAUGAUGGAGUUAUAUUCAAAUAUGAUUUGGUUGUCUUUGAAAAGGUUGUCACUGUGUCCACAUAUGUAUCUUCUAGUAUUUUUUUAAAAACCAGAAUGAUAAAAAAGUUUAUAGAAAAAAUAAUAUUAUGCUGACUUUUUAACUCUUUUAACCUAGUCACUGUUCCUAGCUAUAGUUUUACUUAAGAAUUGCAUAAAUUAAAAAUGAAUUAUAAAAAGCAUUCUACCUCUAGCUUUUAACAAAGACAUUUCUUCCUUUGAAAUAUAAAAUGAAAUAGUAAAUUAUUGACUUAUUCAUAGAACUCAUUUAUUAAAAUGGGACCACAGCCACUCAAAUUUUGAAUAAUUUACUAUUUUUUUAUUUAGUAACUUAAAAAAAUUAUUUGUAAUACUGUAAUCAGAGAGCUGUACAAUGAAAGAAAAAGAAAAAUGCAUAUAAAUCAUACCAAAGAACCCAUCUUCUUUAGUGACUGUCAGUUAUGUCUGCUGCUUUCAGGGCUAGAAAACUGUAUUUCAUGUGAAAUGGUGGAUUAGAGUAAGGAUACAACUUAAAAUAUAAAAACAGCCUUGAAAAGCACCAAGAUACUUUUUUCUGGUUACCUUUUUAUUUUGUAAUUUGCAUUCAUUGAUGUGCUGCCUGAACAAUUCACUUAAAUUUGGCUGCUCUGUUUCCUAAUUUCUUUAGUCCUGGUGCAGACUUUGUAAUUUGUUUGGUCACGAGUCCAGAUUUUACAAGUUGGCUGGGAGCCCAAACAGAACUGUGGCAUGCAUAACAAUAAAAGGUUUUAUCUACGUGU